AUGCUGCAUGCUGAAGCUGAAGCGCGAUCAGUGGGGCAUCUCUCCAACAAUGAGCCUCUUAAGCGGUCCGCACCGGAUACAUCUAGUCAGUCUUCGUCGGACGCCGGUCGGUCGUUAGAAGUCACGGUCGCAGAGCAUCGCUCCGCUCGUCGCCACCCACCGAUACCGUACGACGUCACAUCUGUCGCACAAGGUAACCCCGCCGGUCAAGACGCUGCAGGGGGUCUUCGCGGAUCAGGCGUCGCGACAGCGCAGCAGUUUCCUUUCCCCAUUCCCAUUCCUCCCGCGGCGAACCGCCCUACCGGUCCCAUCAUUCCCGUUGACCCUCCUCCCCUCUUCAACUUCCCACCCGCACCGAACCGCCCUACCGGGCCCGUGUUCCCGUUUCCCCCGGCCCCGUCCCGACCGCCAAUCAACGUGCCUCCUAUCAACCCUCCGCCUACCACGUUCCCACCCCCUGUCGCUGCCCCACCUCCGCCUGCGAAAAGCCCACCGCCACCGGCUAACCCGCCUCCGAAGCCGCCCGUUAACCCGCCUCCGAAGCCGCCCGUUAACCCGCCUCCUAAGCCGCCCGUUAACCCGCCUCCUAAGCCGCCUGUUUUCCCGCCUCCUAGGCCGCCGAAGCCUCCCACUAACCCGCCUCCUAAGCCACCUAUCUAUCCUCCUCCUCGGCCUCCCCCCUCUCCACGCCCACCUCCUCCCGCGCCUUCUCCUCCCCCACCUCGCCCCCCCAAUCCCCCUCCACGCCCGCCGUUGACCCCCCCGAAGCCGCCUCCUCAGCCCCCGAAGCCACCGGCUAGUCCCCCCAACCCCCCGCCACGCCCCCCGAAGCCGCCAUUGACUCCCCCGAACCCGCCACCACGUCCCCCCAACCCGCCACCUGUCCCGCCGCCCGCGCCGCUCCGGCCCCCUCCCAGUCCUCCUGCCCCUCCCCCUCUGAUACCUUCCCCUCCCCCCGACAUAAGUCCUCCUCCCCCGGUCCUUCCGCCCGCCCCAGCCCCGUUCCCGCCCCCGGUCACUCCCUUCCCUCCCCCUUUGCUACCAUCCCCAUUUCCUCCGCCUUCCCCGCCGUUCGUCCUUCCGCCGCCUCCGCCCGAAUCGUCGGGGCUAUCGAUGGGGGCGAUCAUAGGCAUUGCGGUCGGCGGCGCCGUGGGGCUGAUUUUCCUCGUCACGUGCGGCCUCCUCGCCUUCUUCUUCCUCGUGCCGAAAAAAAAAGAGGGCGAACGAACGCGCACCCGCGGCGGCGGCGGCGGCAGCGCGGCCCCAGGGACCGUGGGCGGCGCGGAGAAGGCGCCGUUUUACGCGCAGCCGCAUCUGGUCCGCGGGGUGCGCGGGCGGCAGGCGGCAGCUGCGGCUGCGGCCGGGGUAGCGGCCGGCGCGGCUGCCGGCGGAGCGGCAGCGGCGGCGGCGGCUGCAGGUGGCGGGCCUGGCGAGGACGAGGACAGCGAGGAGGGCAAUAACGCGUAUGGCGACGGCGCGCCUGCUGCUGGCGAGGAGGAAGAGGAGUAUUACGAAGACGAGGGCGGGGCGGCGGGAGAAGGGGAGGAAGGAGACGAGGAUCUUUAUGAGGAAGGGGAGGGCGACGGGGAAGUUGAAGGGGAAGCGGAAGGGGAAGCGGAAGUGGAAGGGGAAGAGGACGAUGAAGACCUAUACGGGGCUGGUGACGACAGCGGCGGCCCUUAUUUGGGAGAGGACUCAGGAGGGGGAGCAGGCGGCGCGGGCGCAAUCGCUGGCGCAGCCGCCGGCGCGGGGAUCGUGGCCGGCGCAGCAGCCGUGGCGGGCGGCGCGGCAGCCGCCGUCGCGCUGGGGGACGGCGACAGGAUGAGCGAAGAAGCAGACGACGAGUGGUGGUUCCCUUACGAGGAACUCGAAGAAGCCACAGACGGAUUCUCAGACAGCAACAAGCUUGGGGAGGGCGGGUUUGGGCCUGUGUACCGGGGCAUAUUGGCGGACGGAAUGCCCGUGGCGGUGAAGGUGCUGAAGGUGGGGGGACACCAGGGGGAGCGCGAGUUCCGCGCGGAGGUGGAUAUAAUCAGCCGCGUGCAGCACAAGCACCUGGUGCUGAAGGUGGGGGGACACCAGGGGGAGCGCGAGUUCCGCGCGGAGGUGGAUAGAAUCAGCCGCGUGCAGCACAAGCACCUGGUGACGCACCUGGGCUACUGGAUCGCCAGCGCGCAAAGGCUGUUGGUGUACGAGCUCGUGCCUAAUGGAUCGCUGGAAGACGCCUUGCAUGGCGAGGGCCGUCGCCUGCUGGCGUGGAAUUUUCGCAUGAAGAUCGCUCUGGGCGCCGCCAAGGGCCUCGCUUACCUGCACGAGGAAUGCAACCCGCGCAUCAUCCACCGGGACAUCAAGUCGUCCAACAUCCUCCUCGAUAAGGACUACGAGGCCAAGGUGGCGGAUUUUGGUGCUGCCAGGCUGGCAGCAGAGGACGCCAUGCCAAUCAUCACACGUGUAGUUGGCACUUUCGGGUACCUGGCGCCAGAGUACCUGGCGCCAGAGUAUGCAUUGACAGGCAAGCUGACGGAGAAAUCGGACGUGUUUUCGUUUGGAGUGGUGCUGCUGGAGCUUAUAACGGGGAAGAGGCCCGUGGAGCAGGAGAAGCCGCAGGGCAGCGACAGCCUCGUGGAAUGGGCGCGCCCCCUGCUAGCGGAUCGGGCAAUGGAGGAACUGGCAGACUCUCAGCUGGACGGGUGCUUCGGGCAGCGGGAGAUGGAGCGGCUAGUCACUGCAGCUGCACUCACUCUCCCUCUCUCUCAAAUUUGCUUCCUCUCUCUUUUGAGCGCGGCCCUGCUGGCGGAUCGGGCAAUGGAGGAACUGGUAGACCUGGAGUUGGACGGGUGCUAUGGGCAGAGGAGAUGGAGUGGAAGAGACGGACUGCUUCUCUCUCUCCUCUCUCUCAAUCCCCCCUUCCCCUUCCCCACCCAUCGCCAGGCGCGCCCCCUGCUAGCGGAUCGGGCAAUGGAGGAACUGGCAGACUCUCAGCUGGACGGGUGCUUCGGGCAGCGGGAGAUGGAGCGGCUAGUCACUGCAGCUGCACUCACUCUCCCUCUCUCUCAAAUUUGCUUCCUCUCUCUUUUGAGCGCGGCCCUGCUGGCGGAUCGGGCAAUGGAGGAACUGGUAGACCUGGAGUUGGACGGGUGCUAUGGGCAGAGGAGAUGGAGUGGAAGAGACGGACUGCUUCUCUCUCUCCUCUCUCUCAAUCCCCCCUUCCCCUUCCCCACCCAUCGCCAGGCGCGCCCCCUGCUAGCGGAUCGGGCAAUGGAGGAACUGGCAGACUCUCAGCUGGACGGGUGCUUCGGGCAGCGGGAGAUGGAGCGGCUAGUCACUGCAGCUGCACUCACUCUCCCUCUCUCUCAAAUUUGCUUCCUCUCUCUUUUGAGCGCGGCCCUGCUGGCGGAUCGGGCAAUGGAGGAACUGGUAGACCUGGAGUUGGACGGGUGCUAUGGGCAGAGGAGAUGGAGUGGAAGAGACGGACUGCUUCUCUCUCUCCUCUCUCUCAAUCCCCCCUUCCCCUUCCCCACCCAUCGCCAGGCGCGCCCCCUGCUAGUGGAUCGGGCAAUGGGGGAACUGGCAGACCCAGAGCUGGAUGGGUGCUACGGGCAGCGGGAGAUGGAGCGGCUAGUCACUGCUGCUGCACUCUGUGUGCGCCAGUCCGCUGUGCUGCGCCCCCGCAUGAGCCAGGUGGUGGCGAUGAUAGAGGGGCGAGGCGAUGUGGAGGUGGAGGCCACAGACGACGAGUCGGCUGCCGGGUUGCGGGAGAGUGCGGAGUUUUCAGGAGGGGAGAUGGGGAGUCGAGAGGACAUGUACCCUGAGGAGAUUGUGCAGCAGUAUCCGCACAGUGCCGAGAGCAAGGGGAGCGCUGGGGUGAGUCAACCUAACCCCUUCUACCCCUGGCCCGACCCCCUGCAGGGUGCCAAGGGCAGGAAGGGGCGCAUGGCAGCGCUAGCAGCAGCAGCAGCAGAGCUCACACCAGGCCACACCUUCACUUCUGUCACCUCUGCUACUAGCACAGACCCACUCAUUGCCAACACCUCCCCCUCCUCCCAGGGCCAGAUGCAGCCUCCCCCAGAUGCACCUCCCCCUCCCACACAGGCAGGGCCCUCUGGGCCCAUGCCGUUGCCGCUGCCGCCCGGGCGCAAAGGGGGUGGUGGUAACGGUGGUGGGUGGAGAGGAAAGUGA